AGCUCCAUUCCUACGAUAAGUGUCAUAUGUCAUUUAAUUUGAUUUUUUGACUUGAUCAAAAGUUUUCUUGAUUCUUGGCGGGUAAAUUUAUUGUGCUGAAAAAAUUGUUGUAACCUGUUUGAUCUAGAAGUUUCAUCUGUUGCUUUUUAUUGAGAUUUAAAAGUUCUUACGUUUUAUAUUUAAAAAGUGGUUAUUUAAUUAUUUUUAUUAAAAAAGAAUUGUGUGUUACAUCUUGAUUUAUAUAUUUAACCCCUAUAUCUGAAUUUCCCGGAAAACAAUGGCAAAAGUUCAGCUAUGUAAUAUUACUGUUAUGGAUAAUCCUAGUCCUUUUCUUAAUCCAUUUCAGUUCGAAAUUACAUUUGAAUGCAUUGAGGAACUUAAAGAAGAUUUGGAGUGGAAAAUGAUUUAUGUUGGAUCUGCUGAAUCUGAAGAAUACGAUCAAAUUUUGGAUUCGGUAUUUGUUGGACCUAUACCAGAGGGCAAGCACAUGUUUGUUUUUCAAGCUGAUCCACCAAAUGUCUCAAGAAUACCAGAAAAUGAUGCCUUAGGAGUUACAGUUGUAUUACUAACAUGUUCAUACCGUGCUCAAGAAUUUAUACGAGUUGGUUACUUUAUAAACAAUGAGUAUAAUGAUCCAGAGUUACGAGAAAAUUUGCCAAGUCCACCUCAAUUUGAUAAAGUUACGAGAAAUAUUCUGGCAUCUGAACCUAGAGUGACAAGGUUUAAAAUUAACUGGGAGGAGCCUAAUGCACAAGAAGUUGUGUCAAAUUUAGAGAAUACAGAAAAUAGUUCGAUUACGACUGAACAAAGUAAUAAUGCAACUCAAUCCCAAAUUCCUAGUUUUAAUGAUAAUUCAAACUCAUGGGCAACAAUGGAAUGUUCUUAAUGUCAAUUUUGUAGCCAUCUAGUGUACAUACUGUCUGAUACCAUUGUCAUUUUUGGCAAAUAUUACUUUUCAUAUAUUUGUACCUUGAUUUGUACUAAGACUAAUAUUAUUUUAUGAGAAAUUAGUAUCAUUUAAAAGAGGUUUUGAUUUUUUGCUGUUUUUUUUUUAUAAAUGUAUAGAAACAGGAAUAAAAUACUAUUUAUUGAAAUAUAGAUAUGCAUAAAUAGAAUGGGCUGUUUACUGAGUAUAGUGUAAAAUUUCUACAAUUUCUUAUUUUUAAUAAAUUUCUAGCUAAUAUA